CAAGAAGGUGAUUCAGAAUAAAUUUAGGCUUAUUUUUUUCUGCCUGCAGUCGUUGUUGCAUGGCUUUGAGGUUGAGUUUUUGUUUUUCCAGAACAACUAGAUUCCUACAUUCUUCAUUGAAUUAUGAUUCCAAGCCAAAAUGGACGUGUUCGUCGGCUCCUGUUUCUCAGGGGGAUUCAGGAAUCCAUCAUAAUAAGAACUUUCAGCUCAAAGCAUCAAAUGUGCAGCCUCUGAAUGCUAUUGCUUUGCAGGCUGGUGUACCAGCAAAUUCUCUUGAAACAGAAGACGUUGAGGCUGUAAGUCCAACUAUCAAGGAGUGCGUUCCCAUCAUAGAAACAGAGAAAACAGAUUCAGCUCUCAGCUUCAUAGUUGUUGGUGCUUCAGGGGAACUUGCAAGGAAGAAAAUCUUCCCUGCCCUCUUCUCUCUCUUCUGUGAAGAUCGCUUACCCGAGAAUUUUACAAUUUUUGGCUAUGCAAGGAGUGCAUUGACCAAUGAGGAGUUGAGAAAUAUGAUUAUUAGAAAUCUGACCUGCAGAAUUGACAAAAGGAAAAAUUGUCGUGAGAAGAUGGAUCAAUUCUUGAAAAGAUGCUUUUACCAUUCUGGUCAAUAUAGCUCUGAGGAGCAUUUCUUGGAACUGGACGAAAAACUGAAGGAGAAAGAGGCAGGAAGAUCAUCAAAUAGACUGUUCUACUUAGCAAUACCUCCAAACAUCUUUAUCGAUGUGGUGAGAUGUGCUCGACGACGUGCUUCUUCAGAAAAUGGAUGGACUAGAGUCAUUGUGGAAAAACCAUUUGGUCGUGACUCCGAGACUUCUAAAGAGCUCACAAGAGACUUAAAGCAAUAUCUAAACGAGGAACAAAUAUUCAGAAUUGAUCAUCACUUAGGGGAGGAGCUUGUUGAGAAUCUUCUGGUACUUCGUUUCUCAAACCUGGUUUUUGAGCCUUUAUGGUCCCGGAACUAUAUUCGCAAUGUACAGAUCAUAUUUUCUGAAGAUAAAGGACUUGAAGGACGAGGCAGGUACUUUGAUAACUAUGGAAUCAUCCGGGACAUAAUGCAAAACCAUUUGCUACAAGUACUAGCACUAUUUGCAAUGGAAACACCCGUCAGCCUAAAUGCAGAAGACAUUAGAAAUGAGAAGGUUAAAGUUCUACGUUCUAUGAAACCAGUUAAGGUUGAAGAUGCAGUGAUCGGUCAAUAUAAGGGUGAUUCAUCAUACCCUGCCUUUACUGAUGACCCAACUGUCUCAGACAACAGCCUCACACCAACCUUUGCAGCAGCAACUCUUUUCAUUAACAAUGCCAGAUGGGAAGGAGUCCCUUUCUUGAUGAUAGCAGGCAAAGCUCUCCAAUCUAAGCGAGCAGAGAUCAGAGUACAGUUUAGGCAUGUUCCUGGUAACUUGUACAACAGGAAAUUUGGAACUGAUUUAGACAAGGUGACAAAUGAACUUGUGCUUCGCGUACAGCCUGAUGAAGCUAUAUAUCUGAAGAUCAACAACAAGGUUCCUGGUCUUGGAAUGAGAUUGGAUAGCAGUGACCUUAAUCUGCUCUUCAAAUCAAGGUAUCCAAGAGAGAUACCAGGUGUGUACGAAAGGCUACUCCUAGAUGCUGUAGAAGGAGAACGGCGAUUAUUUAUAAGAAGCGAUGAGCUUGAUGCUGCCUGGAAAGUAUUUACUCCCUUAUUGAAGACAUUGGAAGAGAAGAAAACUGCACCUGAGCUUUAUUCCUAUGGCAGUAGUGGCCCAGUAGGAGUGCAUUACCUUGCUGCAAAGCAUGGUGUUCGUAUGGGAGAGUUUGGUUGCUAGCUAGCUUGGCAAUUAAGGAUGUGUAUAAUAUUUGUGAUUAAGAAUAGUUUGACAUCAAAAGUUCAGACAUAUGUGCAGUGGUUUGAAAUAGAGAGUAUUAAAUUAGGUUUCACUUUGUAUUUAUUAUUAAAGAUGCAAUAAUUCACUUUUAACCAUGGAAAUAAAGUUUUUAAUUCUAG